GCGUGCUGAUCUCUUUUUAAUUCUUGUACGCAGUAUAGAUGAUUUAUUAGUUCUGACACUUCUCACACCUGUUGUUGCAUGAUGAGGAGUGAAUGGAGGGUGCUGGACUGUAUCAAAUGUACAGUAAGAGAUUCCACUGCAAGGCUUAGUUUCAGAUACACACCCUCCUCUUUUCUGGCCAAAGAUUCUUCAAUAAAUGACUCAACAGCAUCAAGAUGCACAACAAUACAUCAUUGAUGAACCUGCCAUGCCCUGGAGAGAACAUCACGGUGGAAUACACAUACACGCUGUACUCCACCUUCUACCUGAUCAUCUUCAUCCCUGGCUUGCUGGGAAACAGCGUGGCCCUCUGGGUCCUGUGCACGUUUAUAAAAAAAAAGAACAAAGCGGUCAUCUUCAUGAUGAAUCUGACCCUGGCUGACCUGGUGCACAUCUUCUCCUUACCUUUACGCAUCUACUAUUAUAUCAACCAUGACUGGCCCUUCGGCAAUACCUUGUGUCUGCUCUGCUUCUAUCUGAAAUAUCUCAACAUGUAUGCCAGUAUCGCCUUCCUGGUUUGCAUCAGCAUCCAGCGCUGCGUUUUCCUCAUCAAUCCCUUCCGCGCCAAGAACUGGAAACGGCGCUAUGACAUUGGGAUCAGUAUUGUGCUCUGGCUUUUGGUCGGGGCCGGGUGCUCCCCUUUCAUCCUAAUGAGGAAUAACUCUACGACGAACAACGGCUGCUUCAAAGACCUCCCCACGCGAAAACUCAAUCUGAAGCUCUCGGUGACCAUGAUGGCCUUUGCAGAGUUGACAGGCUUCGUCAUCCCCUUGGUGAUCAUCGUAACCUGCUCCUGCUGGAUCAUCCAAUCCCUGAAGGACAGCUCGGUGUUCAAGAAGGACAGCGACAAGAGUAAGGCUCUCCGCAUGGUGCUCAUGUGCAUGCUCGUAUUCCUGCUGUGCUUCGCCCCCUACCACAUCAACUUCCUCUUCUACCUGAUGACUGGCCAGGACAUCAUCACAAACUGCCCCCUGCGGAAAGCCAUCCGACAGUUCCAUCCCAUCUCUCUCUGCCUCGCCAGCCUCAGCUGCUGCCUCAACCCUGUAAUCUACUACUUCUUGACGACCGAGUUCUCUCAGCUCUCCCGUCGAGGCAGCAUCAUGAUCCGCAAUCGUCUGAUGAGCCGGGAGAGUGGAUCCUCCAUCAGGGAGUAGGAACAUUGUGCAGGACCACACUGGAAAAAGAGACUAUAAUGAAAAGCAACUUGAACUGCCAGACACAUUUCUAAUAGAAAUGUAAAACACAGGUUCCUUGUUUGAUGUUGGACAGGUGUUGAACAAACAAUAGAAACACCUGCAGUAUGAUACAUAGCACAUACUGAUAGUAAGCACUCAGAAGUGAUGACUCUGUGGGGCAUUUUGAAGAGCACACUUUGUGACACAUUUCCUUGAAGAUAUUAUUAAUUCAGGAGAGGCUAUACAUUCCUCCAGAACAAUUUAAACACCUUGUCAUGUUGAAUCAAUACCAUCAUUGGUGAGCAUGGUGCUACAACACCUUAGUGGCACAGUUAUUUUUUUUAAAUGUAUUUUUUUUAUUAAAAAAGCCAACCCCAGCAGUACCAUAUAGUGAAAUAAUGCAAUGCACCAAUAUAUAUAUUAAAGACUUAACCAAUGAGUUAUUUAGAAAUUAGCUGUAUAUGUCAUCUUAAUUGCUUAUUUAUAUUCCCAUUCUGUUUUAUGGUGCAUACAGUCAUUUUGAGUGGUUAUGGGUUCUGUUACUCGAAUAUUCAGUUCAAAUAUUCUUUCUCAAAAUCUCCCGUUACCCGACUUUAAGGUGCUUUGAGCUUGCAUGAACAGCCUUCCUCAUUCCACUGAAAUCAUGUGACAAUGUGACCUUUCAACUCCUAGCCCCACCUUCAUUUUAACAGAGUAGAUGGGGCUGGCAGAGUUGAAGGCAGAUUGAGAGAAAUAAUAAGAACUCAGUAUUGAAGCAACAGAACCCACAAGCACUUUGAAUGAUUGCAAACACCAUAAUAAAGUAAGGGAAAUAAAUAAAUAAUACAAGGUAACAAAUAAUUCAAUCAUAUUUAAAUCUACUUUAAAUACAGUUUGAUAUUCAUAAACCUGCUUUUAAACUGUUCUUAGUUGUUGGCAGUUUCAAGCAUACAAACCUUUUUUUUUUAAUCCGUCAAAACUGUCAUGAGUUGAAGCUUUGUUAACAGGGCCCUCCACUUCAAAUUAUCAGGAGUUUGCAUAGAUUGCAAAUGAAGUUUCUAUCGGUAUUAUCAUCUUUUUUCACAUGUUGUAUUCAAUUUUUGGUAUUCGCUUUCAUGUGAACUAUACCAUGUACGAGAGAAGCUGUCUUGCCAAGACUUUGAAAACGCAUAUAUGCAUUAUUAAAUAUAGCACUGAUAGGAAACUUAACAUGGGACAAUUAUCCAAGCAGCGACUGGAGGAGUUAUAGGCAAACUGAUGUCUUGAAGUUGCUGUGUGCCAAAUGCUGACCCAUUUCCCCAAUCUUAGACCACAUAGAUUAUUAGAUACCUAUGGAAUACAAGGCCGUGGGUUUGCUGUGUAAAUAGCAGUCUAGAUUUCAGUAUUGUGCACAUUGUGCUGCUUGUAUGUAUGUUUUUCUAUAUUUCAUAGGAUGCCUAUUGUUGUAUAUAUUUCAAUGUCUACAGUGAGCUAUGUAAAUAGACACAUCAGAGCCUGAUGUAAGCUACUUGGCACACUAAAGUGUAUGCAAUAAAACAACAACAACUCUUGAAUAUAUAUUUUUUUAUUUUCUUUCUUAAAAAAACAAAAUAAAGGGAAGUCCCCUUAAUAACUUACUGUAUAUUUUCAAAUACAGUAAAAAAAAUAGACUAAAAGUAUUGGAAAGUAUGAUUCAAAGGAGUAAAUAAAACAAGUUAUUUAUUUAAGUA